UCUGCGCAAAGUGUAUUUCUUAAAAUUAGAUCUAGGUCUAAAUCCUUUCUAUCUUUUCUCAUGUCAACAUUGUAGACAUGGCCUAGAUCCAUAAAAUACUAUAGCUGUAAUAGAGUCGGACAACUUUAUUUGUUUUGAGGGUCUUAAGUUUGUUUUAGGGCUACAAUACAUACACUACGGUCUAAGUUAGUACCCAAGGAACAUUCCUGCCUAGUUUUAUCAAGAUUAGUCAAGCGGUUUUGAUGUCUACAAGUAACAUACAUCCAUACAUACACCACACAUUCUACUUUAUACUAUGUCCAUGGGCACAGCUCUUUGUAGGUCAAGGAUAACGAACUCUUUUUAAUUUAGGUUAGGUUUUGUAUAUACAUUUGUAUAGUAUCGCAUCAAAACAUGGGAUCCAUUCGCCACUUUGUGGUUAUUAUAAGCGGAAAAAGAAAAUCUGGAAAAGAUUAUAUCAGUUCAAAAUUACUCGCAUGCUUAGGACCAAACAAGUGUGCUAUUUUACCUUUGUCUGGACCACUUAAGAAACAAUAUGCUAAGGAUCACAACCUUGAUUUUGAUAGAUUACUUGAUGCAACUGAAUAUAAAGAACAUUAUCGCCAGGACAUGAUUCAGUGGGGAGAGGAAAAGAGGAAUCAGGAUCCAGGCUAUUUCUGCAGAUUGGCUACAGAAGGAGAAGGUUCUGAAAAAGAUAUAUGGAUCAUCAGCGAUGCCAGACGAUUAUCUGAUGUUGUUUAUUUCAGAGAUAAAUAUAAAGAAGAUGUAAUAACUAUAAGGGUUGAAGCUGACCUUUCUGUUAGACAACAAAGAGGUUUUGUAUUUACAGAAGGUAUUGAUGAUGCCGAGUCUGAAUGUGGCCUUGACAGUGGUUGUAAUUGGGAUAUUGUUAUAUACAAUAAUAAUAAUCAAGAGAAAUUAGAAGAUAGUAUUAGUAAAAUAUUGAAGCGAAUACCAUCAACUUCAUAACAAAUGAAGUACCCUAAUUUAAUCCCAUAAAAAAAUAUUUUUUGUACCGUACAUUUUUCUUUUAAUAGCAGUAGUAAAUAUUAAUGUUUAUUUUGUAUCUUAUAGAUACAUACAGAUACAGUCAAAUCUCAAUAAAUGAUAUUCUGUUAUAUGAAA